AUGAUAAUUCACGAUGCUUUUUCACGCCCGUCUGCUCGGGCUCAAAACAUUCCACCGCGGAAAACAAUCGUCACCAAUGGUUAUAUCAACGCUAGGAUUGACGCUACCGCAGGAUCUGUUCGUGAAAGAAACUUUUACGAUCGGAGAAACGUUAUCUUUUCCAACAAACCGUUAACAGCAAAACGUCAGACUUUUUAUUAUCGACAUAAUCAACAUUACCAAGCAACAACUAUACGCCUUCGCGAUUUGCACCGGUUUGAUGACGCUGCAUCGAGAAUGCAUUUCACGCGGCGCUAUUCUUCGAACAGUGGGAAUGUUUGCGGUAUCGCCGAAACAAAGACUACAAUAUCUUUUAACGUGACAAUCGUAGAGAAAGAUAGAUAA